AUGGUUGGAAAAAGAAGAGUGGACUCAUUUGAAUUGCACAAACUUCAGACUGAUGCAAAUAUUAAGCGUAUGAAGAAGGAGAAGAGAUUAAAAGUGAACCAUGGUAAAGCAGGGUUGAUUCAAACAAGUAGGAAUAACAUGAACAUAUUUAAAAAGAACAUUCUGCGAAGUGAGAACAGAAGAUCCCAAAUUUUAAAGGAUAAGACAAAUCAGAUGAAUUUUGGGACUAUGGAUACAUUAAAGAGUUUACAUGAUCAUACUAACAGGAGUAAUCUCCAAAGUACAAAUCUCAAGAUCACAAACUACGGGAAAGAAAACGAACAGGAUCGCUUUGAAAGUGAUAAAGAUGAUUUUAAAUCGAUGAGGCAUUUCAGAAUAUUUGAUGUAUUUGACCAGAUAAGGAAGAAUAAAAGUUACACAAUUUAUCAGACUACCUCUAAUAACAAAUACCAAAAGAUUACCGAAGAAAUAAUUGACAAGUUGCCACUGAAAUAUGAUUUAAACGGAGUCAUUCUGCCAAGUGUUCUGCAUUACGUAAGAAAGUUCAUUGAAUGGUUUAAGCUAAACAAAUAUGAUUAUAUUAUUUAUAAAAAGGAUCUACAAAACCUAACGGGCCCAUCUAUCCGUAACAAACCGAGGGAAAUAAGGGAUCUUAAAAUAGAUGAUAAUUCACAAAAUCCAGGACAUAGACCACCUUUUGAAAAUCACAUGCCAGGGCUCGCAAGAGCUCUUAACAGUACCAGAUAUAGAAGCCAGGAUUCAACUAUAGGAGAUAUUGAACCGUCGCAUAUGAUCGAAUAUACAAGUAAAAUCGGUAAAUUUAUAAAUUUUGCGAAAGUAAGAGACCUUAGAACAGAGAUAUCCCAUCUCGCAUUCUUCAUCAGAGCUGACAUCAGAUUUGAUCUUGAAAAACAUGAUUUAAUUAUUUUGCAAAGGAAACCCAUAAGAUUUCGCUUUACCAAUGGAAAUGAAAUAUCUCUUUACAUGACGUGGAAAAUUUUCAGGGACGAAACGUUAUGA